AUGAAUGUCGGGGCCGUGGUGGGAACGUCCAUCUCUCAGUACCUGCUGGAGAAGUCUCGUGUGGUAUUUCAGGCCCACGGUGAGAGGAACUACCAUGUUUUUUAUGAGCUACUGGCUGGGCUGCCUGCGGAGCAGAAAGAGGAGUUGUACUUGCAAGAGGCAGAGUCUUACUUUUACCUGAAUCAGGGCAGAGCAUGUGACAUCGUGGGGAAGGAGGACAGUGAGGACUUUCUGGUCUUGGUGCAAGCUCUGGAGGGAAUCAGCCUCUCAGACGAUCAGCUGACCUCCACCUGGACGGUGCUGGCUGCCAUUCUGCAGCUGGGGAAUAUCUGCUUUACCUCCUACGAGAAAGAAUUCUUUGAGCAUGCAGCUAUCGCCAGUGAUACCGAGAUUCAGAUUGUGGCCAAUUUGUUGCGUGUCUCCGCAGAUUUCCUACAAAGUGCUGUGACUCACCGUGUCACGGUGACAUGUUAUGAUCGGAUCUUCACACCUCUGUCUGUAGAAGGAGCCAUUGAAGCCAGGGACUCCAUUGCCAAGACUCUGUAUUACCUGCUCUUUGAGUGGCUGCUGCUGAGAAUCAAUGAGUGGUUGGCUCCCUGGGAAUCGGACUGUGCCGUAGGCAUUGUGGACAUCCAUGGUUUUGAGGAUCUAGGUGUGAACAGCUUAGAGCAGCUCUGCAUCAAUUUUGCCAAUGAGCGUCUCCAGCAUUUUUUCAGCCAGACUGUCAUUGCCCAGGAAGAGGAGGAAUAUAGCCAAGAGCAGUUAGUUUGGAUUCCUGUCUCCAAGAUGUACGAUGAGUCAUGCCUAGAUGUCAUUGCUGCAAAACCCCAUGGCAUCUUGUGUAUCCUAGAUGACCAAACUUCACUUACUCAGGCCACUGACCACACUUUCCUCCAGAAGUGUCAUUACCAUCAUGGAAACAGCCCUUGGUACACCAAGCCCAAGCUGCCUUUGCCAGUCUUCACCGUGAAGCACUAUGCAGGCCCCGUCACCUAUCGGGUCCACAAGUUUCUUAAUAAGAACCGUGACCAGCUGCGUCUAGAGGUGCUGGAUAUCUUCUCCCAGAGCCGCCUCAAGGUGGUGUCUCACAUUUUCCAGAAGGCUAAAGCUACCUACAGUCAACAAAGGGAUCUGGGGGCCAGGGGCAAAGGACUUAAGCCCCGGGCCUCUACACUGGUGUCCAAAUUCCAGGAGUCUUUGCAGGACCUCACAGCCAAGCUGAGAAGGAGUCAUACCUUCUUCAUUCGGUGCAUCACUCCUAAUCCUAAAAAGUUGUCAAAUAUCUUUGAUGUGGAGUAUGUCACUUGUCAGCUGCGGCAUUCUGGGAUACUGGAGGCCAUCCACAUUAAAAAGGAGGGAUAUCCAGUCCGUCUUCCAUUCCAGAACUUCCUAGCCAGGUAUGGCCUCCUGGCUGGGCAAGGGCACAGCUGCUUGGAGAAGAGAGAAGUCUGUGUGGCUGUGCUGUCUCGUGUGGUGGGGAGCCCCUCAGAUCUUUAUCAGAUUGGAGUCACAAAGGUCUUUCUGAAGGAGAAGGCCUGGCAGCUGCUGGAGAGACGAUGGAACCAGAGGCAGAGCUGGGCCAUUGUUACCCUCCAAAGGAAUUUCCGAUGCCUUCUCCACCGCAGGCGCUUCCGUGUCCUCCAGGAGAAAGUCACAAUCAUCCAGGCUCACUUCCGAGGUUAUCAGGCAAGGAAGCGGUACAGGAGGCUGAAGAAGACUUUGGUGCAGUUUAAUACCAUGGUUUUAAUCUCUAGACAUUUCAUUCAAAGGAGGAAGCACUGCCAGCAGCAAGAGUUAGAGGAAGGAAAGCAGAGGAGGAGAUCCCUGGCCAGUGGUGACAGGGAGAACGGUCUCAGCCAAGGAAUGGAUGUUGGACUUCUGGAGAUCCCUGCAGAGCUUGCUGCUCUGCUACAGGUAGCUGAAGGUCAAUAUAGAGCACAGGCCAACCAGAUAACUGAGGCAUUACCUCCAGAAGUCAAGAUCAAAGAUGACCUCUCCCUCCCAUCCACCAUUAACAGCUACCCUUUCUCCUCCUUCAUUAAGUCACACUUCCAGAAUACAGACUUCCCUGCCCCUGGCCAUCCCCUGCAUUACCCUUUAACCCGUUUGGAAGCUGAAUACCAGGAGAGUGCACUUGAGAUCAACAAACUGAUUUUACGGUUCAUUGGUGACCAGAACCUUGACGGCUGGCAGGAAGUACUUCUGGGCAACUACAUUGCUAGGAAAGGUUUGGAUAACGUGGCUCUGCGCAAUGAAAUCUUCAGUCAAGUGGUCACCCAGACAUGGAAGAACCCAGAUGUGGAGCACAGCCAGCGAGCCUGGGUCCUGAUGGCGACUUUACUGAGCUCCUUUGUCCCUUCACCAGCACUGGAGAAGCCGUUGCUGAAAUUUGUGUCAGAUCAUGGCAUGGAUGGCUUCAAUGCUGUUUGCCAGCGUAAGAUCUUGACAGCAGCACAGCACACAGACACUGCAUUCUCCCGAGCCUAUCCUCCCACUCAGCUGGAGUGGACUGCAAACCAGAGGAAAGGGAAGAUGGUGCUGGAUGUUCAUACCUUUAAUGAGGAGAAGUUCUCAGCUGAGGUGGAGUCCUGGAUGACCGGAGAGCAGUUUGCAGGCUGUCUCCUAAGUGCAAGGGGCUGUGAUAAGAAGUCUCGAGGCUGGUCUAUCUCCAUGUUUACUGGCAACAUGUGGCAGGACUUGCUGGGCUGUGACUUUGUGCUGGACCUCAUCGGAGAGAUGGAAGAUGUCAGCAACCCCAGCAGCACCUCUCAGUCUUCAGGUGGAUACCCGAUCACACCUGAAAGGGACAGAAACUUCUUCCUGAACUCUGCCAUGGAUUCGAUUCCCCCUGCCCCAGGUAUCCAGGCCCCUACCUUUCCACCACCAAGCCUGCCUCCGGAGUUCAGCAAUGCCCAUCGAGAUUCAAGAUUCAGAGAUGGCCGGGGGGAACCCGUAGGCUUGGAUCACUAUGUGGAUGACCUCUUCAGCACUGUACUGCAUCAAGGCCCCAGAGUUCCAGAUUUGGAGAACAGGGAGAGUCUGACUGGACGCAUGAAGGGAGGUGGGAAGAUUGGACCCACACAGAGAGGAAUGUUUCCUUCUACAGGCUUCCCCGGAAUGAUGCAAACACCAGCUUACCAGCCCAUGCCUUCGAUGAUGGGGAUGCCAGCUGCCAUGCCCAUGAUGCCAGGGGCAGGUGGGAUUGCACCUAUGCCAGCCAUGGUUAUGCCCCAGCCUGUGAUGCCAGCUGUAGAUCCCAAUCAGUUAGCAGCACAACAGCAAGCCUUUAUCAACCAACAAGCCAUGCUCAUGGCCCAGCAGAUGACCCUUCAAGCCAUGACCCUUUCUCAGCAACAGCAGCAGCAGCAGCAGCAGCAACAGCAGCGGCGGCAACAGUCUUAUGAGAGCUCGAGGCCAAGAGCCUCAAGUCCACCACGAGCCCAGGCCCCAGCCACUCUCCCCAAACCCAAGUCACCUCCCAGCAGCCAGAGUGCUACACCACCACCACCAGCACCAAAGGCUCCAGAACCACCAGCUCAGGCAGAAGUGGUUGAUGACUACGCAGAAGACCAGUACUCUGACAGUGAAGAUGAUGACAAUCCUCGUGAAACUUUCCAGCAGAAGCGAGCAUAUUUUCAGAAGAUGGGAGAGCAAAAGAUCCUAGUGAAGAAAGUCAGGCCACCUUCCAAAGUCUGGACCCCUCCAGCAAAUCCUCAGCCAAAGCACGAGGAGAAGGAAGAGGAGGAGAAGAAGAAUACGGAGGAGAAGCCCAGCCCUAAACCAGAGGCAGCUCCUGCUCCCCCUUUGCCACCUCCUGAGCCAAAGCCAAAAAAGCAGACGCCAAAACCAAAGAAGGAGCCACCAGUAGUGAAACCUUCGGGCCCUGCAUCACGACCUGAACCAAGCCGAGAGAUCCGCAACAUCAUCAAAAUGUACCAGAGCAGGCCUGCCCCCGAGCCCCAGCCCAUCGAGCCCAUCAGGAAAGUGUCCAAGCCAUUUAUGAAGAGGAAUGACCCCAAAGAUGAGGCUCUGGCCAAGCUAGGGAUGGUGAAUCCCAAUUCUCCCAAAUCACCUCCCCCUGUACCGCAAGAGAAGAGUCCCAAAGGGCCACCUCCACCUCCCAAGCCCAAGCCAGGUUCAGCUUCUAGCUCUAUCAAGGAGAAACAGUUGCCUCUCCUGUCCAUCUUCAGCCAGCCACCAAGUACCCCACCAGAUCCCCAGACCCCUCUUUCUCCCCCUAUUCCCCCACCUUUGCCCACAUCUCUCCUGCCUGGGAACCAAGACUCACAGGAAUUCACAGCAAAGGGCUCUUCAAUAGAAGAUGAUGGUAUCAAGACCCAGCUGUAUAAAUUAACUGCCAGUGUCAGCUUUUCCUAUGCCAACCCUGCCUGGAAAAUCUUUCUGCGCAAAGAGGUGUUCUACCCCAAAGAAAACUUCAGUCACCCUUAUUGUCUGAACUUGCUGUGUGAACAGAUCAUGCGUGACACCUUCUCUAACUCCUGCCUUCGGAUCUCCAGAGAGGAGAAGCGCAAGAUGAAAGACCUGCUGACGGAAUUUCGAGUUGGCAAUGAUGUCCAGUCCAUUCAGGAGGAUGGGAUAAAGAAGAGGAUUGUACUGGCUGCUCGGGAUAACUGGGCUAACUAUUUCUCCCGCCUUUUCCCAGUUCACGGUGAAAAUGGAAGUGAUGUCCAGAUCCUGGGUGUUUCUCACCGCGGCCUGCGGCUGCUGAAAGUAGUGAAAGCAUCUGGCUAUACUCCUGAGCACCUGAAGAUCCUUUGCAGCUACAGCUUUGCAGAUGUGCUGUCAGUGGAGCUGAAGGGCAGCAGUGCCCUGGAGUUCUCUCUGAAGACAGAACAGCUCUUUCUGCACUCUCGGAAAGCUCCAUGCAUCAAGGCCAUGGUGGAAACCUUCAUCCAGGAGCUGAGACAGGACACCAACUAUGUCGUUGCUCUGCGCAGCUAUGUCACGGAUGAUAAGAGCCUCCUUAGCUUCAAGAAGGGUGACCUCAUCCAGCUCCUGCCCAUGCAAGGCCUGGAGCCAGGCUGGCAGUUUGGCUCCACUGGUGGCCGCUCUGGUAUUUUCCCCACCAACCUGGUACAGUUGGCUGCAGCCCCUGAUUACCUCAGCACCAGCAUGGACAGAGCUGGAGGGCUGCGGAAGAGCAUGAAAGCUUCGGAGGGCAGGAACACUAGCAGGGAGGGCUCUGUUCCCAGCCUGAUAUCAGAUAACAGCAGCCUCAUGUCAGUCCCUGCUGGUGAUCAUUACACCAUGAUGGAUUUUGCCGCAGCCCACUUCCGAGAGGCUCAGUCCAUGUUGGGAUCGAAGGGGAUGCCUGCUGAAAACAAGAGUAUAGCUGACCUCGUCCACCACACCAAGGUCCCAAUCCAGGCAUCCUUGCUCCAGUACUCUGAUAUUGAACUGAACGAACUUGCUACGAAAAACUUCCUAACUCUGAUGCGGUUCAUGGGAGAUCAGCCAAAACUCAAGAACCAGAAUGACAUUCAGUGUGUCCUUGAAAUCCUUCAGCUGUGCAAGGAGAAGGAGAAUUUGCAUGAUGAAGUUUACUGCCAGGUCAUCAAACAGGUCACUCUCAACCACAAAGAGGAGGGUGUGCUGCGUGGUUGGCUGCUCCUCAACCUGCUCACCGGGUACUUCCUCCCUUCCAAAAUCCUGAUGCCCUACGCCACCAAGUUCCUGCAGCAAGCUAGCAGUGAUCCAUCCAGCACUCACCAUGAUGUAGCCAAGAUCUGUCAGAGCAACCUGCGGAAAAAUUUCAUGUAUGGGGGUCGUCGCCACCUUCCUUUCCCGGUGGAGUUAGAGGCGUUGCUGAAAGGACGUAGUGCCCGCCGGCUGGAGAUAUCGAUGCCUGGAGGAGUGGAAUACGUUGCCCGAAUCAGGACAUUCACGGUGGUCAAGGAGAUCAUGCAGGAGAUCUGUGAGCAGUUGGGGGCGGGCGAGCCAGAAGAGAUGCAGGAAUUUGCUCUUUUUGCCAUCAGGAGUGCCAACAAUAAUAAUGGUAAAAUGGUGAGGCCGAUGAGAACAGAGGAAUAUCUUCAUGAUUAUUUGCUGGAGGAUGCGUUGGUGACUGUGAGUUUACGCAGACUCACCUGGAAGACACCUCUGCACUUUGAGAACAAAAUUUAUACUGAUGUCCAUUAUGGACAGGUGCUGUGGGAUUACCUGAAUGGGAAGAUGCUGCUGAGCUAUAAUCAAGAAGUGGAGAUGCAGGUGGCCAUUUUGCUUCUGUUCCAGCACUGGGCCAAAACAGAGCAGGAGAGUUCUGUUCCCCCCAGGGAAGAGCUGAAGGAGUACAUACCAAUGCCUUUGCAGUCCCAAAUCAAUCCCCAGACUCUGCAGAACCAUCUCGGGAUGCUGCUGAGAACCAGGCAGCCACUCCAACCACUGGAUGCAAAAAUCCAGUUCAUAGAGCACGCGAUGAAAUUGCCCUUCUUUGGCUACAACUUCUACUUUGUAGAGAGAGUGAGCGACAGCACAAUUCCUGUGCCCUGCUAUUUUGGUGUGAACAAUGAACAGAUCAUUGUGGUGGAUAACAUCACCCAGGCAGUCUCCCACGUCAUCCCACUGAAUGAGCUGCAGAAGAUGCGAACCCUGCGGCCCACCUCUGAUGGUGGGCUCCCCGGCAUAGAAAUGAACUAUGGCUCCGCUGCCAGUCCCAAGUCUCUGUGGCUUGAACUGCCACAGGCUAAAGAAAUGUAUCACACGGUCGUUGUCAUCCUGGAUAAAACAGGUUUUCAUCCCUAAAGCCUAAGGAGAUGAAUGACCAAGCAAGACAGUACCAGUUUCCUUUGAGCUUGUUCAGUGCUCCCUGCCUGUCCCCUGGAGAGGUCUGUCCCAGAAACAUCCGUGAUCUCAGACAGCUGCUUUCUAAGACUGCCACCACCGUGAUGGUGUGCUUGUUAAUGGACUGGGCUGUAAUCUCACCCCUUGUGACCUGCUGUUCAGUCACCAAAUCCUUUUCCUUGAAGCAAUGCUUGCACUGGUUGAACAACCCACACCCUUUCCACUCCAUUGCUUCUUCAUUGCCUGAUCCAGCACAGAGCAGCUGAACAGAUGCAAGCAACUGCCUUCAAGCUACGCACUGUGGGACUAUUUUUCUCUUUAAAUUGAGGCUCAUAAGUAAAGACUGAUGAUACUUGCUAGCGAUUCGUGUAUCAGAAAGCAAAGCCAGGGCUAUGAAAUGACUGCACUGGUUGCUGCCAUCUUCCAUAGACCAGCUUCUUCUCUCAAUUGAUACGCAAGAAGCCCCAUAGCAGGGUUUGUGAAGCAGGAGCUUGUAGACAGCAUCUUAAUUGCAAAGCAGAUCAGUGUUAAUAUACAAUUGCUACAUCCGCUAGGGCACAGAUUGAGCUGCAAUGGUAAGAAUGUUUAUUGUUAAUUAAUUUCUUACUGAUGUAUGCGUAUACUUAUUCUUCCUUCUGCUAUAAAGAAGUCAAUCAUGUCCAUGAAGCUGUCAUACUUACAUCAUGGUUCCAUGCCCAUGGAGAAAGUGUAUUCAAGGGGAACUGGUAUGACAGUAUAGGAGAGUGUCUCAAAUUGUAUAAAAAUACUUAAUUUAUUUUUAUUGCUACAGCUAGCCUACUGAACUAAAAGGUUUAUUACAGGAGACUGUAAUAAAAUAAUUGCAUAGUGGCUAUUUUGAAGCUA